GUAACGAAACGGAAAUCAUUCGCCGCAUACAGUCGUCCUCAAAAUGAUGAUAUUUGCCCAAUUUAAUGGCUCUAUCCCCUUUCCCCGUCUCUCCUAUAAAUUUGCUCCUCCCUUCCCGUCUCUCAUUUCCUCUCCUUCAUCCUCUCCCCCCUCUCCCUCGUGAACUAUGUCUCGGCGUAUUGCUUCAUUCUUUGCACUCGCUGGAUGUAUAGCUCUUGCAGGCGCGUCUGCGGUCGGAUCAGGUCAUGUACAACGCAGGAGCCCGUCGACGUCUUGGUAUCAUGCAGACGACCACCCAGCUCAUUCGCUCUUCAAGCGUAACUUCACGGACGGAACCACCUAUGCACCUAUCGGUUCCCAAGAAUGGGCCAAUGCUUACCCGCAAGACACAAUCAACGUGACUGCCAUCCCCAAAGCCUGGAUCGAUGCUCUGAACUCCGCCGUCAGCGCUGGAAAAAUUCCGAACCUUCCCCCGUCUACAGUUAAUAGUCAAGGGUUUACAACAUAUUCUGGUGGACUUGACCCUAACGGGCAGGAAGUCUGUUCGGCGACCUACCAGUGUUACGUAGCGGAUGACCUCUGGAAUGCUCCGCAAGGAGAUGUGGGCCUUAGUUUCGAUGAUGGGCCUUUACCUACAUCUACGGCGCUUUACGAAUUCCUUGCCAACAAUUCCUUACGGUCUACGCAUUUUUUCAUCGGUAGCAACAUUCUUUACAACCCACAGCAAUUCAGCAUGGCUUUCGACCAGCUAGGAGAUGAUAUUGCCGUGCAUACAUGGACACAUCCUUACAUGACCACACUAUCGAACGAGGAAUUGGUGGGAGAGUUUGGGUGGACGAUGGAGAUCAUCCAUAAUUCUACUGGCGGGCGAUUACCAAAAUACUGGAGACCACCUUACGGUGAUGCUGAUAACAGGGUCAGGGCCAUAGCAAAAGAAGUGUUUGGAUUGACCACCGUCAUAUGGAACCAAGACACUGGGGAUUGGAGUCUCACUAGUGGUGGCACUACGGCACAAGCGAUACACAAUGACAUGGAGAAAUGGCUCACUGGUCCUAAAAACCCUGGCCUCAUUAUUCUCGAGCACGAGCUUUCUAAUCAAUCAGUACAAGCUUUCAUGGAUGCAUAUCCCAUUAUGAAAAGCAAUGGUUGGAAUACUAUCUCUGUGGCCGAGCUAUCCGGUGGUCCCGUGUACCAAAACUCUGACAAUUCAACGGACCCUGUUACGCCAGGGACAGUGGCUAAUCUAGCAGUUCAACCACCGCCCAAUUCGACCAGUUCCACACCUGCGUCGACAAGUACACAAUCCACCUCUUCGAGUGCCCCGAGUGGAUCGAACCACAACACUAGUGGAACUGUUUCUAUCAGCAGCAGUGGACGUGUUAACUAUUUGAUCGCAUCUAUGGCUGCGAUAGGGCUCGCUUUUUUAUGCUGAACUAAACUAACAUUCAUUUUGACAUUACGGACUAAAUAUUCUGGGAUCCGAGACUCCUCUCAUGCUCGUGCUUUGCUUGAAAUUUCUGACAUUCCUUCGUUCCUUCGAUGGCUUUGACAAUAACUGGGACAAUUUGCGGGUAUAUCGUCCGAACUAUCUGACUUUGCAACUUUAUGAUUCCUGUAGUUUACAUACAGAUGCGUCUUGUACAGGGUUGUCACCCCUUUUGUACUCUAGCGCAAUACGUUUCUGCAUAAUAUUACUUUUAAAAUCUCGAAUGAAUGCAGUAUUUCUAUAUGGCCCUUUUGAAUGAGAAAUUACUUUGUUGUGUUCUUACAAUGAUUCUGAGUUAUGUGUUUGAUAGGCAUUUAUUGUAGUUUCCCUUGCUUACCUAAUUCAAUAUAUGAUGAGUCGAUAUCUU